AUGGCUUUUAAGAAGAAAGAAAAUAUUUUUUUCAUUGGACUCUUGAUAGUUACUGCGAUAACUUUGCCUUUGGUCGCUACACAAAAUAUCGACUGCAAAGGAAAAGCAUUUCACUGUGUCAACUCAACACAUUUCAAGAUAUGUGUUGACUUAGGAGGAGGCGUGUCAACUACAGUAGACGAUUUUCUCAUUCCGUGUCCCAAAAGUACAGUGUGCAAGGAUAGCAAUUAUUUCGAAUGUGAAUAUCAUCCAACGACCACUCUUAAACCGACACAACAGAGUGAAGUAACGAACGACCAAAUUAGUGAGACUCCUACAUUGGAAAAUUUCGAUAUCAUAUCAACUUUUAAUAGUAGUAUUAGUGAUAUUGAAUUAUCAGAAGUUAUUAUAAGUACAACGCCUACACCGGAAUUCAGUUCUACAACUUUAACAAUUGAUAGUGUUAUUGAUUACAAAAAUGUAACUAGUGUUAUUAGUGACAGUGCUAUAUAUAAUAAUAUUAAUACUACAGUUACUAAAGUAUCGUUGAACAAUGAAGACUUACUGUCUACGACUACUGAAAAGGUAAUAUUAGACAAUACUGAAUUGAAUUUUACUAAACCCAUAAAUUAUACUUCUAAUUUGCUUUCGUCUGAAAAAAUUCAGUCGACUGACAAUAAUCUAACAGAUGCCUCGCUAAAUACUUACUUGUCUAGUGAUGUUACUGAAGUAUAUAUAAAAAAUAAAAGUACACCGUUAAGUAACACUUUAACAAAUCAUAUCGAUGAAGAUAACUUUAAUCAUACAUCCUCGAAGAAUGAAUCUUUUUCAGUGCCAAGCUCUAAAAAUAUAUCAGUCAACAAAACUACAAAUAUAUCUUCUGGUGUAUCUACGACUGAAAUAGAACCUAACAGUUCCACUACAAAAAAAAUUAUAAAUAAAUUAUAUGAUGAAGUUACUGAGCAAAAUACUGUUGCUAGUAGCAUAAAUAUAUUAUCAACAACAUCUGAAGAUCAAUUUAGUCCUUUUAACCUACUCCAGAAAGAAAUCAGUAUCACAGCUGAUAGAAAUGUUAACAUAGAAUAUCAGGAAAAGUUAUUCACAGCCGCACAAAAUGAUAUUUCGAAAGAAAAUACUACACCAGAGUCUAUAUUAGUCACUAAUUCAUUUGAUGAUCCUAAUAAAAAUAAUAUUUUAGCGAGUACAGAAAAAAAUACAACUAAGAGUAAAUAUGAAUCUUCUGUACAAAAUUCGCCUACUUUUAAAAAUAUAUUUUAUGACCAGUCUGAAUACAUGGCUACUACAACAGAAACUCAGGGUUAUUUUCUUAAAGAAAGAGUUGUCACUAAUAUUAAUGAUGCGUAUAUUGAUAGCUUAUCGAUAUUAAAGUACGAAUCGACAACAGAGUCAAACAGUAAUUAUGAAACGGGGCGUAGUAGAGAAGAACUAAAUAUAUCUAAGCAAAAUGUAUCUGAAACAUUUAACUAUAGUUUAUCUGAUUCGCAGUUAUCGAUGUCUACUGCCAGUAAUGAGUAUAUUUCUUUUAAAGGCAACCCCUUACAAAAUACUAUUUAUGAAGAAACAAAUAAUGUAUCUUCUUUACCGAGUACAGUUUCUAAAUCAGAAACUGCAAUUAAUACAUUGAAUAAUGAAACUAAACCAAUUGAUUAUUACAACUAUACUUCAAAAUAUAAUCAAAACAUUACUUUAACUCAAACCGAAUCUAUUUCAAAGACAGAUAGAAUAGAAACCACUGAAUUCACUCGCGACAAUCUGCACACGCCAACCACUAUAUCACCUACAGAAUUUUCAAAUCAACUCAACUUAGUGCAAAAUUCUCUUGUAUCUACGAUUCAAAAACCUAAUAAUUCUAAAGAAUUUGCUGGACACAUAUUUAUAGAAUUACAAGCAAAUACUACAGAUUCUUAUUCAACACUGCAUGAUGAAAAUCCGCUUCAAUCGAUGUCCACCACAUCUAUUAUUAAAAACACCAUUCAUACUGAACCUGUUAAUAUAAAAUUGCCGGCUAUUAACGUGUUAUCCGAAAUUAAUAGAACAAAUGAUGCUACUACGACAUUUGAUAUAGAUAAUAAUAAAGAUAUUAAAAAUACGGAUGUAAAUGCUGGAAAUAUAAAUAAUUAUUCAGCUGUAAUAGAUAAACCCGUCGGAAUUCAUAUACCAAUCAUAAAUGUGAGCGACGUAGCGACUACAGCAGUUUUUAAUUCCAGUAAGGAGGAUAAAACAAACACUGAGACUCUUAUGUAUGAUUCAGAGAAAAUUUCUACCACAGUAAGCAUUCUGGUUGCUGCAAAGUAUCCUAGUUCCACUGAUUUAAAUGUUACAUCGAACAUCGAAAUACUUAAUAAUUUUGAGUUUAGAGAUAAAACAUUAACGGCAGGUACUACUGAACCCAAUGUAAGGACAAGUGAAAUUAAUGAUCCUAAUUUGUGGAUAUUUAAAAAUACUAUGAUCAGAGACGCAGAGAACACUAAUAUUGAUAAAAGUAACAAAAUAAAUACAAUAAUCACAGAGGAGAAGCACACUGCAGAUGUAACGGUAUCUGAUAUUAGUACUUCUGGAGGUACUGAUGUAAGUAUGCAGAUAUAUAACAAUGUUAGUAGCCAAGAGGAACAGUACAUGUAUAUUAAUAAUGAUAUAAACUUGCGAAAAGUUAGCACUGAAGUGAAGCUUGGGGAUAAAGUAGCAGAGUUUUACGUAAAAAAUACAGAAAGUACUCCUAAAAGCUUUCAAACGCAAAAUAGUACUACAACAAUGGUGGUAGUAGAUGCAAUUAUUAAUAACAAUAAUGAAAAAAACAUUCUAACAUUCAACAAUAUUGAUACCACUUUAAGGGAGCAUAUAUCUGAUGAAAAAUUACCGGAAGUUAAUACAGUUAAAAGUACUGACGUAAAUAGAAUGGAAUAUAAUAAUAACGUUGGUAACGUAAAUGUUAAUAGUAGUAAUAAAAUAAGCAUGCAAAUAUUUAAUAGUACUAAUGAAGUAGAUGAAAAAUAUGUAACAACUAUAGCAGGACUUGUUGUAAACGAUAGUACAAGCAGUAACUUAAAUGAGGAUUCUCCAAUAACAGACAAAAAACUAAUUGACUUGAAUUUUGAAAAUAUAUAUAAGGCGCCUAAUAAUGUCGAUUUAAAUGGUAAAGAAUUAAAUAUAGACACUGCUGUGUCGGCCAUAAAUGGGUCUCAAGCUAAUAUAACGAUAUAUGAAAGUGAUGAUAUUAGUAAGGUUAAUUUUGCAGAUGUAGAUAAUGUAAUUCAAACUACUGACAAAAUCAUUCAGACAUAUGACAGCUUUAAAGUCAAACAUGAUAAAUCAAUAGCAGAUUCUAUGGAAGUAAGUUUUAUUAAUGGUAAUGAUAUAACUGUGCAUGCACAUAAAAAUAUUUUACUUAACGAGGCGAAUUUAAAAACAGAUAUAACAAAGGCAAAUGGUAGUAGCACUGAGGCUAGCGUAAAUAGUCUAACUACUGAAGCAUAUUAUUAUAACAAUACUAGAGAGAUGACUUUUAUAGCUAAUGAUGCUGUAACAAACGAUGGUGAUAUUGUUAAUAUUAAUGAUAAAACCUUGCCCACUAUGGUAUACGAUGUAAGCUUAAAUAUAAGAGCUGAUACUAAUGUGCAACAAAAUGAUACUAUUUUAGAGAAAAAAAUGGAAAAAGAUAAAAUUAUUACGCAAUCAAAUGAUUUAAAAACACAGACGAGGAAUAAUACUGAAGUCAACCAGUUGAAAUCAAAUGCAUAUGUUUCAGCAGAUGUAAAUAUUACCAUAGAUAGUGAAUAUAACAUUCAGACGAAUAAUAGCAUUAACAAAGUCGAUUUUUUUGCAAAUACUAUAGUAUCCGACGUCAUUACUCAAAGUAUAAAAAUUGCUAUGCUGAACCCUAACAUCGAUGAAGUCAAAGAAAUGAAGUUAACAGCAGGUGCAGCAAUUCCCGAUCUUAACUUUAUUGAAGAAAAUAUUACUAAAAAAACAUAUAACAAUACUCUAACAAAACAGCUAAAUAUAGCAGACAAUAUAAUGCUGGAUAAAAAUCUUACUAAAGAUAGUGAUAAAACAAUGCAGAACCAUUAUAAUAUUGAUCCAACCGUAACCAAACAUAUGAAAUUUAGUUUAGAUAAAACCAAGGCUAAUGUCACUAAAACAUUGUCCAAUUCCAUUGCGGCCACAAACUUGGAAAAUUAUAAUAAUUCUGAAGUCAACCUAUACUUUACAAAAGAUAGGGCAGUUAAUAUGAACUUUGCUAACAGUACUAAUAAACGUAUACAGACAGCUAAUGCAACAGAACCCAAAGAAAUUACAUUAAGAAUAUAUAAUAUCAAUGCAACUGCAACCGAUAAUAUAAAUAUGCAAACGUACAAUAAAACCAGAGAUAACCAGCUAAAUUUUAAAAUCGUGCAAGAUUUAAGCAACAAUAAGGGCGUUAAUGUAAAUACACAGGUAUUUAAUAAAACUGAUGCUGAAAUAAUGGUCGAUAUCACAAUGGUUAAUAUGACUGUUAAAGAAGACAAGAUGUUUAAUAUUACUCUGGCAAACGAAAAUAUUACUGAAAAAAAUGACAUAUAUGUACAGAUAUAUAGUGAUACUCCAGUUGAGAGUUCAAAGUUCAUUGCAGAACAUACAAUACUUGGAUUCAACGUGACCCAAAAUACUGACGUAAAUCUUAAUACUGGGACUACAGUUGACCUCUUUAAUAUCAAAAUCUCUGCUACAAGCCCACAAACAUAUAAUAACACUCAAAUGCAAGAUAUGAUCUCUGUGUCCGAUAUUACUGUUUUAAAUAAAAGUGAAGGAAACACAAAAGAAAAUAAUAUUAUUAAAGUUAAGGGGAUUAAUAUACAGUCAUACCUUAAAGAUACUGAAAAUCAGACAUAUCCUAAAGAUAUUGAAAAUCAGAUUAUAAAAACUGGAAAAUUACGAUCUAAUCAAACUUCUACAAUAAGUAAUAAUUCACAAACGCCUUUUAUAUCAAAGCUAGAAGAGUCAACAUCUUUUUAUCCAAUAAUUGUUAAAGAAAUCGAGACUGACUCUGGCGAGAUUACAAAAAAUAAACCAAAUUUAGCCAUAGCUCAUAGUUCUAAUCUUGAUUCUGAUAAUAUGAAAUAUGAUUUAAGGAAUCCGUUAGACAUAAUAAAUUCUAAAAAGACUUUUGAAGCAGUAACACUGUCCAGCUCAGAAAUAAAAGUACAUGUAACUCCUAAAGUCGCACCAGAUGCACCUUAUAUAAAUGAUUUUAUAGUACUAAGUGGAUCCGUAAUAGGUAAUUCAAACUAUAAUAUAGAGAAUACAUUAGAAAAUCUAUCUACUAAAAGCAGACCUCUAUCUAAACUGGAAUUCAAGAACGGUUAUGAAACAUUGAAGUCUAAUAAUAAUAAAUUGCUAAAUAACAAAACUGUUUCAGAAAUGAAUGGCGAUAAAAGUAAUUUCAACCGAAUAUUUACAACAAGUACUACAACACCGUCCAAGAUUAAACCAAUUGAAAUUAUUGACCAUGUAAAAGAUAUAAAAGUAAAUGAAGAAGUAUCUGAAGAUGACAAAUAUAUACAAAUGCCGCCUAGUAAUAAAAAUAAACAGUGGAUAGUAACAAAUACAGAAAAAAGUGCUUUAAAUCAGUCUGAUUAUUUUGUUCAACACAUCAACGUAUCCUUACCGAUAUCUUUUACUUGUAAUGUAGGUAGCCGCGGCAAAUAUUCGGAUAAAAAUGAUUGCAAUAAAUUUUACAUUUGUAUCGGCAAACUAACACCAAUCAUUGGAAGAUGCUCAGGUGACACAGUUUUCAGUGAGAUCACUAAGCAAUGUACAAAAAAUUUAUCACAUUGCGUUAGAAAUAAUCAAUUUAAAUGUUUAGCUGAGGGCAGAUUCAUUGAUGUAUUAUCAAACAACUAUUAUUAUAUUUGCGCAAACAAUUCUAAAGGCUUUGUAAGAUUAAAACUAAAAUGCCAAGAAGGUUACCGCCUUAACACUGACAGUAUUCAUUGUACCUCAAAACCAUCGUCUAUUGAAGAUGAUUCUAAAAAUACAAGCGAAAAGAGUACAAAAGAAAAGCCGUCUAGUGAAAGUGAAAAAUCGAAAAAGAAUUUCGCGUGCGAAACAGAGGGAUUAUUCGAAUUUCCAGAUGACAGUAGGAAAUAUUUCCUUUGUACAAAAAAAUCAAAAUCGGAGUUUCGUCGUAAGAUAAAGAAAUGCGAUUCUGAUGAAGUUUUUGAUAAAGACAAACAAAAAUGUGUAGAUGAGGAUAGUCAUGAUGAAAUGAAUGGCGAUAAAAGUAAUUUCAAUCGAAUAUUUAAAACAAAUACUACAACACCAUCCAAGAUUAAACCAAUUCAAAUUAUUGACAAUGUAAAAAAUAUAAAAAUAAACGAAGAAGUAUCUGAAGAUGACAAAUAUAUACAAAUGCCGCCUAGUAAUAACAAUAAACAAUGGAUAGUAACAGAUACAGAAAAAAGUGUUUUAAACCAAUCUGAUUAUUUUGUCGAACACAUCAAUGUGUCCUUAACGACAGCUUUUAUUUGUAAUGAAGGUAGCCGCGGCAAAUAUUCGGAUAAAAAUGAUUGCAAUAAAUUUUACAUUUGUAUCGGCAAGCUAACACCAAUCAUUGGAACAUGCCCAGGUGACACAGUUUUCAGUGAGAUCAAUAAGCAAUGUACAAAAAAUUUAUCACAUUGCAUUAGAAAUAAUCAAUUUAGAUGUUUAGCUGAGGGCAGAUUCAUUGAUAUAUUAUCAAAUAACUUUUAUUAUAUUUGCGCAAAAAAUUCUAAAGGCUUUGUAAGAUUAAAACUAAAAUGCCAAGAAGGUUACCGCCUUAAUACUGACAGUAUUCAUUGUACCUCAAAACCAUCGUCUAUUGAAGAUGAUUCUAAAAAUACAAGCGAAAAGAGUACAAAAGUAAAGCCGUCUAGUGAAAGUAAAAAAUCGAAAAAGAAUUUCGCGUGCGAAAAAGAGGGAUUAUUCGAGUUUCCAGAUGACAGAAGAAAAUAUUUCCUUUGUACGAAAAAAUCUAAAUCGGAGUUUCGUCGUAAGAUAAAGAAAUGCGAUUCUGAUGAAGUUUUUGAUAAAGACAAACAAAAAUGUGUAGAUGAAGAUAGUCACGAGGGUAAA